CCAGAGGCGGCGGCGGGUCCCGGGUCAGCGCUGCCGCCAUGUCGGGCUUCAGCCCGGAGCUGAUCGAUUAUUUAGAGGGGAAAAUCUCCUUCGAGGAGUUCGAGAGGCGGCGAGAGGAGCGCAAGAGCCGCGAGAAGGAUGGUGAAAAUGCUUCUGCUGAGGAAAAUGCUGACGAUGUAGAGGCUCCAUCUUCAUCCAGAAAAGCAUCCAGGAAAUCCCAAAGUCAGGAUGAAACAGAUGGAGAAACUUCAGAUGGUGUCAGUAAAUCCGUUCAUAGGGUCUUUGCAUCCAUGCUGGGGGAAAAUGAAGAAGAGGAGGAGGAGGAUGAAGAGGAAGAGGAAGAAGAAGAAGAGGAGGAAGAAGAAGAAGCAGCAGCAGCAGCUACUGAGCAGCCCACAGCUGGAGAUGUGUUUGUUUUGGAGAUGGUGCUGAAUAGAGAGACCAAGAAAAUGAUGAAAGAGAAAAGGCCUCGCAGCAAACUUCCCCGUGCCUUGAGGGGUCUGAUGGGAGAGGCCAACAUCAGGUUUGCUCGAGGAGAACGUGAGGAGGCCAUCCUCAUGUGCAUGGAAAUCAUUAGACAAGCUCCUCUUGCUCACGAGCCAUUUUCCACUCUUGCCAUGAUCUAUGAGGACCAGGGGGAUAUGGAGAAGUCCUUGCAGUUUGAGCUGAUUGCAGCCCACUUGAAUCCCAGUGACACCGAGGAGUGGGUUAGGCUGGCAGAGAUGUCACUGGAACAGGACAAUAUCAAGCAGGCUGUUUUUUGCUACACAAAAGCUCUGAAAUAUGACCCCACCAACGUGCGUUACCUGUGGGAGAGGUCGAGCCUGUACGAGCAGCUGGGGGAGCAGAAGAUGGCAAUGGAUGGCUACAGGCGUGUCCUGAACCUCCUGCCUCUCUCUGAUGGAGAACGUUUCAUGCAGCUGGCUAGAGACAUGGCAAAGAGUUAUUAUGAAGCCAAUGAUGUGACCUCUGCUAUUGAGAUAAUUGAGGAAGCCUUAAUUAAGCACCACAGCCUGGUCUCCAUGGAAGAUGUAAACAUUGCAGCUGAACUAUACAUUUCUUCCAAGCAAUACGACAAAGCAUUGGUGGUUAUUACAGAUUUUUCAGGCAUUGUACUUGAAAAGAAAGUCUCAGAAAAAAGUCCAGCAGAGGAGAAAAAAGAUACAGGGGCAGUGGCAGAAACUCAGGGAAGCCAAGAGGCAGUGACUGAUGACCAAAGCCAUCCAGCUACUGAAUCCAGUUCUGCAGCUGUGGAGAAGGUCAGCUGCUGCAUACCUGAGGGUGUUCCCAUAGACAUCAUGGUCAAGCUGAUGGUCUGUUUGAUUCACCUGAACAUCCUAGAGCCACUCAAUCCUCUUUUGACCAUGCUGAUGGAACAAAAUCCAGAAGAAAUGGGUGACUUGUAUUUGGACGUGGCAGAGGCAUUUCUGGAUGUUGGGGAAUACAACUCAGCUCUGCCUCUCCUGAGCUCCCUGGUCUGCUCAGAAAGAUACAACAUGGCUGUUGUUUGGCUCAGGCAUGCAGAGUGCUUGAAGGCCUUGGGACACAUGGAACGUGCUGCAGAGAGCUAUGCCAAGGUUGUUGAUCUUGCUCCAUUGCAUCUGGAUGCAAGAAUCUCCCUUUCAACACUUCAGCAGCAGCUGGGCAGACCCGAAAAGGCUCUGGAGGCUCUGGAACCCAUGUAUGAUCCAGACACACUGGCUCAGGAUGCUAAUGCUGCCCAGCAGGAGCUGAAGCUGCUCCUCCAUCGUUCCACACUGUUGUAUUCCCAAGGCAAAAUGUAUGGUUACACUGACACUCUGCUGACCAUGCUGGCAAUGCUGCUGAAGGUAGCAAUGAGCAGAGCUCAGGUGUGUUUGAUAUCUAGUUCCAAAUCUGGAGAGAGACACCUCUAUCUUAUUAAGGUGUCAAGGGAUAAAAUUUCUGACAAUGACGACCAAGAGACAGCAAAUUGUGAUGCCAAAGCCAUUUUUGCUGUCCUCACCAGUGUUCUCACCAAAGAUGACUGGUGGAACCUCCUGCUGAAGGCCAUAUAUACCUUGUGUGACCUCUCCCGGUACAAGGAGGCAGAACUCCUGGUGGAUUCCUCUUUGGAAUAUUAUUCAUUUUAUGAUGACAGACAAAAACGCAAGGAGCUGGAAUAUUUUGGGCUCUCUGCUGCAAUUCUGGACAAAAACUUCAGGAAGGCCUACAACUAUAUCAGAAUCAUGGUCAUGGAAAAUGUCAAUAAACCUCAGCUCUGGAACAUGUUCAAUCAAGUCACCAUGCAGUCCCAGGAUGUCAGGCACCACCGCUUUUGUCUCCGCUUGAUGCUGAAGAACCCUGAUAAUCAUGCCCUGUGUGUCCUCAAUGGGCACAAUGCCUUUGUCUCUGGCAGUUUCAAGCAUGCCCUUGGACAGUACGUGCAAGCCUUUCGUGCAAACCCAGCUGAACCUCUCUACAGCCUUUGCAUUGGCUUGACUUUCAUCCACAUGGCUUCUCAGAAAUACGUCUUGAAAAGGCAUGCUCUCCUAGUACAGGGAUUCUCCUUCCUUCACCGGUACCUGGACCUGCGUGGACCAUGUCAAGAAUCUUUCUACAACCUUGGCCGUGGCCUUCACCAGCUGGGAUUACUACACCUGGCAAUCCACUAUUACCAAAAAGUGCUUGAACUUCCUCCUCUCACCUUAGAGGGAAUAGAAACUGAUCAGACAGACUUGAGAAGAGAUACUGCCUUUAACUUGUCACUUAUUUAUCAGAGCAGUGGAAACAGAAGAAUGGCUCAGAAGCUGUUGUACACUUAUGCAGUUGUCUGAUGAGGUUUGGUGCUCCUUGUACUGGUGGAACUGGUGUGUGUGCAGCUUUUCCUGCAGGUGGUCAGAGAUGUGGCUUGGGCUGGCCAUAGCUUUAUGGGCUUCUUUUCUACUUCUGCCAUUUGAACUGUGUCACAUAUGGAUGGAAACUGUUCUGACCUGCCCAAGUCUGUCUGGUACCAGCUCUGCUCCUAGGAUGCAUUGCUCUGGAACCUGGCACAGAAUAUAUUAUAUAUAUGUUAUAUAUGUAUAUAUUUGGGUAUAGAAUCAAAAAGUGAAAAGUGAUGCCCACUGUUCAUUGGGUUUUUUAAGGAAAAUUUAUAAUGUGCAAUAUCACAAAUAGUGACCAGUGAGGUUGCUCAAGAAGCCGUGUUCACUGGUGAUGAGGGGUUUUUUAUGUGUACCAUUAAAUUACUAUAAUAUAGAAGAAACGGGCUGAUGCAAUCCUUAGAGGAUUAAAAACUCUGUAUUUCAAGAUCUUUGAAGCAUUUGGGGUUUUCUAGGAGCUUAUGUUCCUGGCAGCUGUUCUAUUUGAAGGAGCCUGAUUUCUGUUGUAGUGAAAUCAGUGUGGCCUUUGUUCUUCUGAACUUGUUAAUAAAGAUUCUGAGGUUGGUGGUGUUUA